GGAGCAGUUUGCAGCCCAGAUGAGAAACUUUAAUUUUCUCAUGUCCAGAACAAAUGUUUUGUUUCAGCCAGAGUUUAAAGUUCUGGAAACAAUGAAAUGAUUUCACUCCACUCAUUUUUGGAUUAUAUAACUCAUUAUUGGAUUAAAUUCUGUGGUGAAGAACGGGAUUAAGUGCUGACAGGCUUCUGAAUUCCACAGGUGUUGAUACUUUAAUGGUAAAGGAAAGCAUUUUAUUGGAACAGAUGGACUUUAAACGACGCUUUAUGGGACUGAGAGAUCCAGGAGGAGCAGCGGGAACAACUCUCUAAAUCAAGGCUUGUCCUCACACAUUGAGCAACAGGGGCUGGGUACCUCCUUAUUGUUUGAGACUCAAAACAACAACCCAAACUACACUGCAGCUUUGAAGCUUUUUCCAGUUUUGAUCUGGAAAUAUAAAACCUGCAGAUUUCACCGGAGUUUAAACUUUCACCUGCGUGCGUCAGAGCGCAAACUCCCUCUCAUCCCUGCGUACAAACAACUGUGGACACACACACACACACACACACACACACACACACACACACACACACACACAGGAGGAGGAAGGAGUGCGCUGCUCUCUGUCACACUGCUCUAACUGGUCGGACCCCCAUCAGGACGCACUGGGAACAUCCACAGCGCCUGGUUCGUCUUACCUUUACGCGCGUUAAUCGCUUGGCGCUUCAUUCCGCAUCUGGACCGCCGCAGAGUUCAGUUCCACCGCAACACAGCGCUCCGAGCGAGUGAUCAGACCCCCAGUUUGGUGAGUGAAGAUGAUUCCUGUGCUGAUCUGUGCUUUGAUCUCACUGAGUGUAGCAGACAACGACUUGGACACUCUGUACCCAGAACUGGAGCACUCGAGGACCAUCUAUGUCAUCGAGAACGGCCCCCGACUGUCGGUGGCGGCAGAACAAUCGAAGGUUGUGUCGAGACGAGGCGGAAACGCUACGUUACCGUGCAGGAUCCAAAGGGACCAAUCGAUGGCACCGAAUCGGAAGAUGAGGAUCAAAUGGACCAAGUUGACCUCAGACUACCUGAAAGAGGUGGAUGUUUUCGUGGCCAUGGAUUACCACAAAAGGAGUUACGGCAGUUUCCACGGACGUGUCCACCUGCAAGGCUCCUCUCCCAUGGACGCCUCCCUGGUCAUCACAGAAAUCACCCUGGAGGAUUAUGGGAGAUAUAAAUGUGAAGUUAUUGACGGGCUGGAAGACGGAACAGUGGUGGUGUCCCUCGACCUAGAAGGUAUCGUCUUCCCCUACUACCCCCGCCUGGGUCGCUACAACCUCAAUUUCUACGACGCUGAGCGGGCCUGCCGGGACCAGGAUGCCAUCGUGGCGUCCUUCGACCAGCUGUAUGAAGCAUGGCGAGGAAACAUGGACUGGUGCAACGCCGGGUGGUUGAGCGACGGCACGGUUCAGUAUCCCAUCACCAACCCCAGGGAACCCUGCGGAGGCAAGAACACGGUGCCGGGGGUUCGCAACUACGGCCUGAGAGACAAAGAGAAGAACCACUACGAUGUGUUCUGCUUCACCUCCCACUACAAAGGUCGGUUCUACUACCUGAUCCAUCCCUCUAAGCUAACCUACGACGAGGCGGUCAGGGCGUGUCAAAAAGACGGCGCUCAAAUUGCCAAGGUCGGGCAGAUGUACGCCGCCUGGAAGCUGCUGGGCUACGACCGCUGUGACGCCGGCUGGUUGGCCGACGGCAGCGUCCGUUAUCCCAUCUCCCGCCCCCGCCGGCGCUGCAGUCCCACGGAGGCCGCUGUGAGGUUCAGCGGCUUCCCCGACAAGAAGCACAAGCUGUACGGAGUCUACUGCUUCAAGGGCCACAACUGAGCCGCUCACACACACGCAGACGACCCCGCAAACACACAUCAGCAUGCACACACACAUUCACACGCUAGUGAACACGCUAGUGGAGUGAACGAGAGACAGAGGAGGGAAUUCGGAAACACAUUCAAAACUGUGACGCUUUAUUUCAUGGAAGACGUUAAUGUCAUGUUGUUGCUUUGUAAUCGGGGACCUACGAGGGAUAGUUUACACAUAUUUAAGGUUCAUAUUAUUUAAUCAAUGCCUUUGAAAGGGGGGUGGGUGGGUUGUUGUGGGAGGGGGGGUGAGGGUUGGAGGAUAACACAGCCAUCCAACGACGGACCAGGCUCGUCAUCGUCUGAACUGUUUCACAGCAAACCGACUCGUGGUUGGACGGAUACUUCGGGCACUUAAUCUUGUUUCGUUCAAGACCUGGAACAGCAGCAGCGCCAUGAAACACGGCUGAAAACACCAAAACAAAGAAAGCCGGUGCUGAAGGGGGGAAGGAAUUACGAGCCUAGCACAACUAAAGCGAUUUCUGCUGUCCAUACCCAACAAGGUGCUACGACUGGUACUUUGUACUUCAUCAUACCGUCCAGUAUUUUAUGUUUUUAUACAAAUGUGUUGGACCAAACAUCAGUCUCAUCACCGAAAUGAUCCAAAAGAUCCAACUGUUAGUGUUUAUGUUUUCUAAGUACGUAGAUUGUUAAUCUAGAAAUGUAAUUCUGUUUAUUUUUUGAUAUACUGUAGAAAUACUUACAUUAUUAUUUUUCGUCUUUAUGGCCAAACUUAUCCAAGUCUCUUUGGUUUACAUAAAACAUAACAUAACAGUGGAAAAAACAAAACAAAAACAAAACUCCACAACAAUAAAUUAAAUAAAAAGUUUUUUUCACUGAACCUGUAGAAACGAGAAGCAAACAGCAGCAGUAGAAAAUGCCUGGCCUGAAUAAAAACAGUGCUGCAGAGUACAAGCUGUAUCUCUCUGUUUGGCUUUCAGAGCAUGACUUAGCUUCUACAAGCAGCUCUCAGUGUAGAUCUACGCUCACUAUCUAGCUAACGCCUUGAUGAACUGCUAUUUUUGAUACAAAUACUGUAGUUUCUUAGAGUGAAUGAGCAGAGCCAAGAUUAGCCCCAUUUGUGACUGCGGCAACAGUUAAUAGUCGAACUUUAACUGAUCAGAUCAACGAACCAGAAAACGUAAUCAAAAUCAUUCGGGAGAAGAGCGGAAACAUCUUAUGAUAAAAUACUUUCACUAUCAGCUCUGAUGUAACUGAUGCUGCCAUUGUUGUUCUCGCUGCGUCACGCCUCCCGUAUCAGCCUCAAAGGACGCUGGUUGGUCCGGUACAACAGCACCAAGCCUGGAAAGAUGGAUUCUGACACGAUUUUCUCGUGAUUUUACGAUCUCACGAGUCAAGCUGCCUCGCCUCUAACUCCACAAAUCUGUUUAAUAGAGUCCUUUAUGCAAACCUUUGGGGAAAAAGUCAAAAUUUGAACUGUUUUUUUGUGAUUCUCAUGAAAAUCAGUCAGAGAUUUGACACCACGGACAACGAGAAGUUUAUCAAAACGCUCUGAAGACGCUUCAGAAACCCUGUGUGGGAUUUGAAGAUGAGCAGACGAUGGAUCCAAACUGCGCCGCAGACGUGACGUCAUAAAGCCGUGCCCGGUGGGAUUUCGGCGUAAAACUAAACCAAAAUCAGCUGCCAAAUUUAAAGUAGACAUCUGAGCAAUCCCAAAAAUUGUGUUGGUUUUUCCCCCAGAGGUUUGCACAGGGAGGGAAAACUGAGUUGUGACACAGUAAAGUACGAACAGUUGAGGUCACAAAUGGGACUAAGCCAGGUCACAAAUGGGACUAAGCCAGGACCCGGAGUGAGCACGGUUUUCCUGGCAGCGACCGGCUCCCUGAUUGCUAUCUCAGCUCUGCACCGGCCGACCUGUCUCUGAGGCUCCGAUCAGACCCAGCGGGCCGACAGCCAACCUGCACCAGCCUGCUGAAUGAGACAGAAAUACAAUACAUUCAAAAUACCAAUAAUUCCUGCAUGGAGGCACUAAAGGGCUUCUUCCAUGUAAGGGUAUCAGAGAGUAAACGGUGCACAUUGAUCAAGUGUAAGCUCACCGUACACGGUCCCAGCUGGCCCGGACACUGGUUUAGGUCAUCCACUUGGGCCUGGUACAGGGUUUAGCUUUACUUGGCUCCACCUUUGACAAGCCACUGAGUCCUGCUACGCUUAUCACUGAAGGACAGACUCAUAAAAAUAGCUCUCUGUUGCCUUGUGGGAAACAAAAUGGUGAUUUUACAGAACAGCAGCUGUGAAGUAAACACUUACUGAAGAGUCUUGUGCAGUGUUGCAAAACUAAAGAGAUUUGUUCCUUUUAAUUUGUGUUAUUUUCAUUUAUUGUAAACAAUUUGCAAACCAAUGUUAAGAGUCAGCUUGUAAAAGGAAUAGUUUGAUAUUUUUUGGGAGUUCAAGCUCACGAAAAGACUUCACAGCUCUUAACUCAAUACUUGAUGCGUUUACGUUUCUGUUCUGUGUGUACGAGUUAUAUAAACAAGAUGUCACUUAGUAAGAUUUUGAGGUGCUGACUAAUACCACUCUUGUAUCUGUACAUUAAAGUUAACCAGCUGGUUAGCCUAGUUUAGCACAAAUACUGGAAACGCAGAAACAGCUAGCAUAAAAUCCACAUAAACUCUAAAGCUCACCAAGAAACUCUGGUUUCGUUCUGCCACUAGUGGUUCUCUCACAUCAAAAGAUGAAGUUUGAUAACGUGGUGAAGCAGUGUGGGAUCAUGGGAGUUGUUGUCUUCAGUUCCACCUUAAAAAUCGCUGCUUCUGCCAAAGGACGCAGGGGAUCUGAAGCCAUUGACAAAAUAGACAUUUUAAUGUGGAAAUGUUACAUAUUACAGCUUUAAAUGAGAAAUAUAUUAAUCAGUGAGCUUUAGAGGAGCUGGUGGGCAGAUUCUUUAAACUGCGUCCUCCUGCUUCCAGUCUUUAUGCUAACCAAAGCUAAUCUUCUGCUAGCUCAAGCUUCAAUAUGUAGCACACAGACAUGAGAAGUGAAGAGCUGACGUGUAUUUCCCAAACUGUCAAACUAUUCCUUAAAAGACUUAAAGGAUCCCAGAAUCUGUUGCCUUUUAUUUUGUGUAUAAUCUGACCAUCAGGAGCCUUGUGAAUAACCGCAAGGAAACCUUAGGGACCCAAAGACAAAAGGACAAUAAAACAGUACAUAAACCACGA